CUACCCCACCAGGCAUGCGUCAGGGCAUGCAUGCAUGAGUGUUCCCCAGGAACAAGUAGUAAUACACAACUAUGUGCCACUGGUAUUUGUCCCUGGGGAAAUGCACAUGCACGCUUACGUGGAUGUACCCAUGGAAUUUGAGGGACUUGAACAGAGUGGAAUUAGGAUUGCAUUUAUGCCCCUUAAUAUAUUUAAGCAUUUGAUAGAUAAAGUAGGACCUGGGCUUCUACUGCAGAGUAUAUACUGUACAAGAUAUUAGUUUGUUUAUUUUUUUUCCAGAACUGGAAAAGGAAGUGGGAGUGAAUAGGAACAUGAGUAUGUUACUAGAGAGGAGAUGAGCGAAACUUCUUUGUAGGGAAAUUCUGUUUAAACAGAUAAGAAAGAAAAGGACACUUACCCAAGAGUGCUGCAGAAUGUACAACCUUCAGCAAAGCUGUGAAUACUACAAUGCAGGUCUCUUGACUUCUCAAGUUACUCAGCUGUACUGGUUCCUGACUGAUGGCAUCUGCUCAAGAUUCCAGAUAUGGCCAGAAAGACACAUCUGACCAGAACUUUGAUUACAUGUUCAAAUUGCUCAUCAUUGGCAACAGCAGUGUUGGGAAAACCUCCUUUUUGUUUCGUUAUGCUGAUGAUUCCUUUACAUCUGCAUUUGUAAGCACGGUUGGGAUCGAUUUCAAAGUCAAAACAGUUUUCAAAAAUGAAAAAAGGAUUAAGCUACAGAUUUGGGACACAGCAGGUCAGGAGAGAUAUAGAACGAUUACCACAGCCUAUUACCGAGGUGCAAUGGGCUUCAUUUUAAUGUACGAUAUCACAAAUGAAGAAUCCUUCAAUGCUGUACAAGACUGGUCAACUCAAAUCAAAACAUACUCUUGGGAUAAUGCCCAGGUUAUUUUGGUCGGUAACAAAUGUGACAUGGAGGAUGAACGGAUAAUCCCUACUGAGAGAGGCAAACAUUUAGCAGAGCAACUUGGUUUUGAAUUUUUUGAAACAAGUGCCAAGGACAACAUAAAUGUCAAGCAGACAUUUGAGCGGCUCGUGGAUAUCAUCUGCGACAAAAUGUCAGAAAGUCUGGAAACAGAUCCUGCCAUUGCUACUGGAAAACAGAAUACAAAACUAAAGGACACCCCUCCACCACAGCAACCCAACUGUGGCUGUUAAUACAGUGAUUGACAAAGGCAGCUCCAGUGUGUUCUAUUGCCAACAGAGUAUUUAUGAAUGGUCUAUAAGCCUUUAUUUAUACUGUCUUCUUAAUUUAUUUGGGGGAAAUUUAUGUUAGCACCUGGUACGGUAUGUGUAAACAACUGUAUAGAGAUGUUAUCAUUAGUUUGUAAGGACUACCCAUUUCUCACCAUCUGGCCUUUGCAUGUGGAUGGCUUCCCGUUUGUCUUCUCUUUUUUAACUCUUUAUACAUUACACUUACUUCAGCUGGUGCUGUGACCUCAGACCAGUUUGCCUAUAUCUGAUUUUUUGUUUCAUUGGUUUUAAAUUACACAAUUUUCUCCUUAAAGUGUAAUGACCAGGUACUUGGGAAUAAGCUUUCUGGUGUAAUUUAUAAUUUACAUAACACACUGUUAAAUUAAUUCAUCAAUGUUAAAAUAUUGCUCAAAUACAGGGAGCUUAUCACUGUUCUCUCCAGACCACUUGUUCGUGGCAUACUUCCUAGGGGGUAAUACUGCAGCACAUCCAUGGCCACCUAGGGAAUUCACUGCUGCCUCUGUGCUAUGCAUCAUGACCACUCAGAAAUUCAAAGAAACAGCAGGGGUAGAACUCCAAACUGCCUUGAUCCAAAAACAGGCCCUAGCAUUUGGUAUAGGAAACAUUUAUAUUAACUGCUGGCAGGAUAUGGGAUAUGUCUCAGAUCCAGGAAGUUAUUUAGGCACUUGCCAUCGAAAUCAUGAGUUAGACAUCCAAAUUCCUAUGUGGAUCUGGGCUUACAUUGCACUUCCAUCCAUUUGAUAUGCACUGGAUGGAUCUGCUGCAACAGAUGGGAGUUGAUAGUUACUUCCUCUGGAUUUUAUUUGCUUUUUAGACAAUGAAUACUCAUCUCUUGAUAUUAUCCCAGAAAAGCCAAAUCCACUGUGUUCAGUUAUUCAAAGCCAGAAAAUAUUUAACCACAUUGCAAUAGAAGCUGUAGUGUGUAGGUCUUCAGGAAUUUCAUCUUUCAUUUUGUUCUUAAAAACAGACGAUCUAUGUGAAUUUUGUAGUCUGAGAAAACCCCUAUGAACAGACUGUAAAAGCCCCUUUCUCUCCUCAAAUAUUUCUGUAGAGCCCCAGCUGAAGGUAGUGAGAUUUGUUGCUGAAGUGAAAAUUAGUCAUUCCACUAAAAAAAGAAUUUGGACUGGACUUGCCUGUGGGAGCUGAGCAGUGAUUCUUGGUGACAGCACAAUCAGAAGUUCACACAGAUCCUGGACCUAUGAACAAAUUACAGUGACUUAAAAGGUUGUAAGUUCUUACCAUGGAGUAACUGUUUAUCUGUCCACUCUUAUCUCAAAGUUAACUGAGCGCUAAAUCACAAAAAUCCCUGUUUUACUGAAGGCUAAGCUGCUCUGGUUUAGCUUUCACUUACUUAACAUGGGGUAAGAACAGGCACCUGGACAGUUGACUUGGAACAAUUGUACGGCCCAUCUCCUUUAACUCUCUGUAAUUUGUUUGUCCAUACACAAAGAUUUUUGAAAAUUGUGAAGGAAUAAGUUCCUUAGUAAUUUCUGUAACUAGACUGUGCAGAAGACUUGCAAAAUUGGUGGAAGGUUGCGAAGAUAACAGAAUAAUGUCCACAGAUUUUAUUUUUUUUAAGCAUUAAAAAAUGGUCAUUUCUUACAAUGUUAAUAAGCUCUCACUCUACUAAUUGGUGGCAAUUUCUCAUAUAGGUGUCCUGCUGUACUUUGUACAGCUUCUUUAUCUGGGCCACUAUAAUAGUCUUCAAGUAAAUGGUAUUAUUGAGGAGACAUUAACUUUUUGUUGUUCUUAAUUAUUUCAGCUUUAAUACAAGGUUGACAUUUUACUAAAUACAUGCCACCAAAAAAAAAAAAAAGAAAGAAAGAGAAACAGAAUAGGAAAGUGAGAACCAUAACAGCUACUUGACAUUGCUUAUGGCACACAAGACUUCAAGGAAACCCCUUUACAGAACAUCACUUCCUUUAGGGUAUUUAUAUAAACACUAAGGCCACACCUGUAUUAGGAAACAUGAUUAUUUUCAAUGCAUCUGAAUUAAUGCCCAUUAACUACCACAUGGUAAAAUUCUGUCAUGAGCAGGGCACACACAGACAUGUUGGGCAAAAUUCUGUUUUACCCAGGGGAUGACCGAAGUACAACUUGCAACCAACUCUGAGUUACCCGACUAACCUGUGUCAUUUUAUUAGCCCUCUCUGGGCAGGUAAGGGCCCCAUUAUAGGAUGAUCCUAACAGAUCCUAGUGGCUGUCCACUAGGUGAAACAAAAUUCUGUCCAUUAACUGUUGAGAUAAGCCUGCCUUGAUUUACCUUGAUUAACUAACUUCAUGUCUUGGUCUAGAUGCAUCUUGUCUAGCCCAAGGUUUCAAACAGUGUUGGUCAACACCCUCUUAGUUAACAUAUUAAAAAAAUAUACUUUUUUCUUACUGAAAACAAGCCUAUCAGUGCUAUCAUUUGAUUCCAAGAAAAACUGAGGAAAGGGGAAAAAUUGGCUGCUUACUGCCCUCUGCUUUCAGUUUUUUUCAGUAGACAAAGUGGAAGACAUGGUGUAAUCAAGCAGGACCAAGAGAUCUUCAACCUUGCCCUUCUGCAGGCAUAUACAUGGUGUGCCAAGCGUGGUCUGCCUGCCACCCCACCCCCUUUUAGGUACCAGCUCCUCCAGCUGUAGCUAUGCGCAACCCUCCCCUAUAAGACUAGAAGAGUUGGUCAGAACAUGAAGUUUUCUGUAGGGUUGUUUCCAACUCUCCAGCAGGGAAUAGCAUACCAUGUGCUAUAAUGCCACUAUUGGUAGUAUGGGUACAGCUCUUAUCAGUAGCUCUCAUAUAAUUUUUAGAAACACUACAACUUGCACUUUUACAGACUUUCAGAAAUACUACAACUGCGGACAGUGCCAGCCUCAUAUCCAGUACAGAUCAGAAUUGAAGACAUUGCUAGCUAUAGUCCAUACUAGCUCAAGCACACAACUUAGAAGACCCAGCAGUGCCAUAAGUGCUAGUAGUAGUAGUUUAUUUACAGCUUCCACUAAAACAAUCCACUAAAAUGGACAGUAAAAAUUAUAUGUAAUAAAAGAACAACAUUUAUAUAAUGAUUAUUUUUGUUAAAAACAUAGACAUAAGGUUAUCCAUUCCAGCAGUGUACACAAAAUUAAAACAGAACAUGGUGCACAAUGAUACAAAAGAGAUAAAAUGAACCAGCGGACAGUAAAGCAAAGCAGAGGGAUUCUGUUUGAUUUUGGCCCUUAUUCUUUGUACAAAUUCAUUGUAUUCUUUGUUUCUUUUUGGCCCUUAUUAUUUGCACAUACACCCAAGGAGUAUAGAAAAGACUCAGAUUGUUUUUUCGUCAUUAGCCCAGCAUUUACAAGUUCUCAUUCUUGGAGAGAGAGAUCCAUUUUCCUUUUAUUUCUUCAAAGAACAAACAAAACCACAAAUAGUGAUGUAAAUCACCUAUUUCAUUCUUCCCACAAAAACGUUCUUUCCGUAUAUGGGGUCUGACACCACCUGCCCAUGUCAACUGCACAUCUCAUGAAAGCAAAUCUUAGUUUGCACAAGUGCUAGCAUUCUCCAGUCUUUGCCUUCAGCAUGGCUGCCUUCCACACAGCAGCAUUAAGAGAAGGCAGCUCCAUUUGCAGUUUCACCCUUCAGCAGACCCACAUUGUAAUUUUGCCCUGGCCUUCGCUGCCCAUUUGCCAGUGCAGACACUGGCGAUAUUGGAAUCACUAGCAUAAUUUUUUAAGAAGUCCAAGGCAAAUUUCAUAAAAAGAUCAAUCUUUGUCAAUUUUAAUAUAAUGUAUUGGUAUAUUUAUUAUUUGUGAUGAUUUGAGAGGAAGGAAGGAUAGCAGCCUGUAACAGGAAAGAGAAAAGUAUCUCUAGCUUGGUACAUUUUAAGGAGUGGGAAGACAGCAGAUGUGAGAGCAGAAUGUUUUCUUUAGCUUGCCAGCUGUACUUUAUAUGAACUAAGCAUGUUUGCUGUUUUAAUCCAUAGAAGAGAUAAUAUAAAACUCAGUCACUGGUGUAGUGAUCAUUGGCUUCAAUUAAGAGAGUUUGGGCAUGAAAAACUAAACAGGUUUUACUGUGGAGCAGCAGGCAAGCUUCUGCAGUCCUUUAGCCGCUAUCACAGGCAGCUAUUUCCUGAGACCCCAUCUCCCAAUUCUUCUAAAUUAGGGAGUGUCUCUAAAUUACAACUUUUAUUGCUACAUCUUCCCUCUUAACAAUAACUACAAAAAUCAAUUAAUACAAAAAUGAAUUCACGUCCAUCUACAGAAGAGAAGUUAUUAGUACAUCUCUGAAGUCAGUCCUAUCCCCCCUUUUCUGCAGCAGUUUUGAUAAGUCUCCAUGAGUCUUUCAGGAAGUUUCAUUUUCCUCGCAGAUCAAUGAAGUAUCUGCCUGAGGAGCUCGCUUAUUGAUGAUCUGGUUCUUAGGGACUCUCUGAGCUUUGUACCUGUAAACAAGCUUUGAAUCGAAGAUAGUGUUUUGCAUUAGUCAUAAGUGAACUUUUAAAGUAUUCAGAUAGUCAACAGAUUGUAUCCCCUAGGUCUGGAUGCUUAGCCAAGCAAUCUAGGUAGCCUGAUUCUGCAAAAUUAGGCCCCUGGCCUUUCAGUCAGAUUGAUGUAUCUGGACUCUUGCACCUUUAAACUAUAAAUCUUUUGAGAUUUCAAGCUGGGAGCAUAGAGAAAAUCAUUCUUGCAUUACCUCAGCAUUUUGCCUUCCAGCUCUUACAGAGAUUCAAAGAAGACAACCUGUCUUUUUUCUGGCUUACCAUCCCUUUCACAGGUCCUGUAACAAAUUUAGUUCAAGUUGAGAAGAGUACCGGGACUACAGUUUUUAAUUUGAUCCUGUGUAAGUUUUCCUGACUCGACUUGUUUCAUACGGAAGAAUUUCCAAAAGUGCUCAGUGCCAGUCUAAUUCUUUUUCUGUUAUUUUACCUGGUAGUGCCAUAGCAAGGGGGGUGGGAGGUGAGGGGGGUGACUGCCCUGGGCAGGGCAUAGGAUAGAGCUGCUAGCGGCUCAUUUGGGGGGGCGCAGGGAUGGGGGGAGGGUGACUCCCACCACUGCGUGCACUCCUGGGAAAGCAUUGGGGGGGGCGGGGAGGGUCCCCAUCAGAUCUGUGCAUGGGGCGAGGGCAGGCUGCCACUGCAGGCUUUGCCCCAAGAACCAAACUUCCUUUCCAUGGCACUGCCUGGUAAAAUUAUCAUGGACUUCAGUGAGAGCAGAGUUAGGCCAAUGCUGAACGCUUUCCAACAGCCCAGCCCAACUGGCUUCAAAGAAUAAGAUUGUCCUGCCACAUGUGGCCCUUCGUAUAAGUUCAAAAGCCACUGAAUAUAAGAGGGAACAUUCAGGGAAAAGAGUGGUCAGUCCCAGGAACAGGACCUAGGAUAGUCAUAAAAAUUAUUUUUAGAGUAUUUAACGAGCUGCGUCAUUGAAUUGGCAACUUUGGGACAGAUUUUUCUAAAUAAGGUGCCAAGUCUCAGUUCAGACUCCAGUGGAAAACCCACAAAGAAGCAGGCCCCGCCUGGUCUCUGGAGAUGCUUUACCAUUCUACUCUGGUCAGAUUUGAGGCAAAACAGCAGAUACACAGAGCACUUCAGCCUCUGGGGUUAUCACUUGAGCACUCUUCACCCACACUACAUUUUAAAGAGAAUCUUGACAUCAAUGGUUUCAUUUUCUCCCUGGCACAGAUGUAUGUAACUAUUCACUCUGCAUGGGCAAGUAAGGAGACUGGCUCUGAAAAGCUGAGCUUUGCAGCUUGAUUUCUGAUUGAGACUUAAGGGAGAAGAUUGUCAUAUGUAAAAAGAUGUCGUUAUAUUGAAUUGUAUCGCUCUAUUACCAGCAUAAGACCCUCUCUUCUAUUGUAAUUUCAUGAAAGAACAGACUUUCAAGUAGCCACCCAUAGUUUAGGGCCUGAACCCCAUCCUGUCAGCUGAACUGCGACUGCACAGUCACUACACUUUCAAGGUGAUGCCCUAGAAUAACACAACUAGUGCUACAAUUAUUCCUUGCAUGGAAAAGCAUGCCAUCUUUGUAAGGCUAGAACAGUGUCUUGCUCAAAGCACAGUUAAAUGAUCAGUCAGCAUGUUCCAAACGAAAACAACUGGAACGAGCAGCUGAAGCUAAAACUUGCAGUAGUCACAUGCACAUACUGACAGUUUAUCAAAACAGUCUGCAUGCCCUGUUGAGUUGAAACUGCAGUUGCAUGCUUUUAAUUCUAAUAAAAGUUCAUUUUCAGAUGUGACAAAUGUGCCUGUCCUUAUAUCUCAGUUAACUGGUAACUGUAUUUUUAUUUCAUUUGGGUCGCUUAGACUUGUUUGUGUGGUGUCUGAAAUACAUAUGAGCUGGCCUAUCAAAAAAAAACCCAACAAAAAACAAAAAAGCAAACCUCUAAACUAAACUGCAAUGUGUGUGACUGUUACCUGGAACUGUUUGUUCCAUUGUGCUUAUACCUAAUGUGAUGCAUAGAGAAACUACCUGAGCAACUAGAGCUAUGUGGCCUUUCCAGAGCAUCAGUCUGAAAGAUUAGGUUUUCUUCCCAGUCUGUUCAGCUCUGUACAUCCAGCCAUACUGCCUGUACCUUAUUUAUUUUAGGAAUGAAGUGCUAUUUCCUGGUACACACAGUCUGCUGGAGUUUGAUCCUAGCUUUCAGAAUUCUUUAACUGUAUUUUCUAGGAAGCAAUUGGUGGUACAAAUUUUACAUCUCACAGUGUCUUGGUUCCUUUAAUGCUAGACAAGCUGAUGAUGCUUUACAUUUACAUAUAUAUUUUAAAAUCUAAUUGGAUACAUUUUUCAGUGCUUUAUUAUUGGCAUGGUUCACCAAAAUGACUGUUCUGUUACUUGAAUGUUAUCAGUGAUUCCCUCCUUAGCCCAUUUCAUAGAGAAAUGUGGUAUACGGCAAAUGGGCCAAAUUAGUCUUAAACGGGACCCAACUGGAAAUAGUGGAGUUAUACCAUCAGGGAACUGGAUCUGCUAGAAACUAGGUCCUCAGCUAGUGCAAAUCAGCACAGAUUCAUUUAAAACUGGAGGUGGGGGUGGGGGGGAAGGGAUUGAACUUCAGUUCAUACCAGCUGGGGCUGAUGUUUUGCUAUUUUCUUUGAUACUUGUUUCAACUCAGAGUUAAAAUUCACCAGCUGUAAAAUCCCAAUUCAAAAUUCAGCUCAGCUAAUUUUAACAUAUUCCUUCAUUAAAUUGAUUGAGUACGUGUAUGCAUCUUUUGGGGGGUGGAAUUAAGCUAUUAAUUAAUAUUCAUGUAAGCAAAGAUUUGCACUGCACACAUAGAAUAUGUACAUACAAACACACCCUUGACAUACUCAGUUUGUACAGAUAUUUGCUUAGUUCACUUUUAUUUUUUAAACUACCCAGUGGAACUUAUCAUUGUCAAUAAAACUGAUUGGGUUAAAUUCACAGGCCAGAGGAUUACUACUUUUGGUGACGGCAGGAGCAGAUGGCACAUCACUUAUGCAUAAUGGAACACCUGGUACUGGGAGGGGUGAAGAGAACAUGUACUAAUCUUCCAGUAAUAUCAUGCUCUCACAUAACGUGGAAACAAAAGCUAGGGAUUGCUCACCAUUUCUGACGAAGACUUUACUUGAGUAAUCCUGACAUGUACCUGCAACUAGUGUUAAAUGAAAACUGUGUGCUGUAAUUCCCGUUUACUAUAUUAUUAGUAAUGUCAUAUGUGUUGUGAUUCAGUUGGACUGUCAGAAUGUGUAACCUAUAUACUUGUGUUUGUGGAACUGAAAUGUCUUAAAUGUUGCAUGAAAAUAUGUUAUAAAAAUAGAUUUUUUUUCUAUUUUUGAACACCUCUAAACUGAGGGAUCAUGGGCCAAUAAGUGCAAUAUUUAAUGACUUACUCAGUGUAUAUAAAUUUGUGUGAAAGGGAGAAGUGUCAUGUAUGUAUGAUAUGCUGUUGAUGAUGGCUGCGUGGCUUAUUUAAAAGAUUUUUAGUAGCUAUGUGUUUAGUAGUGAAAUUUAUACAGUCAAUGCUUUAUCCGUGUAGUGUUGAAAAUAAUCUACUCCUACUUCAUCUAAACUAUUUUUCAUAUAUAAGACAACAGUAAAAUAUGUCAGUAUGUUUAUUGCAAGUGCAUGUCAAUUUUACUUUUAGAAUUGUGGGUGUCCUUUUCAAAAGUUAUUGUGUUAUAUUAACAAUAGUGGAGAGACAUUUUCAAACAAAGGUACUUUUAGCCAUUUCUAAAUAAUCUGUGCAUACUAUGUUAAAAGCAUGUUCUCCAGAAACAUAUAGAUUGUCUUGGAACUCUUAAGCAGAAACCUUUGUUUUAUCUCAGAAAAAAGCUAAUUCUCUGCUUCGUCCACCUGUAUUGCAUAAUAUCAUGUGGCCGCUUUAACUUAAUUGUAUACUUCAUUCAUGAUAACGAUAAACCUGGAAUAGUAAAUAGGAGUCUCCAAAGGUAUCAAAGAUGUUAAAAUUGAGUUGUUUGCAUCUAUUUGGUGCACUGGAGUCACCAUUUUUGAAAGGCACUUGUAUCUCACAUCUAAAAUGGUCCAAAGCAAAAAUUUUUAACCCUUAAUAAUUCCACUCCGAUGGUUACAUUUCUAACAUUCUCAGAUAUUGCAGGUAUAACAUACAUUCCUAAAUAUAUUAGAGUGCAAAAUUUGUCUUAUGUUGCACUGCUAUAAAUUUUGAGUUACUCCAUUGACAUAAGUAGGGUUUCUUAGCUGUAUAACUGAGAGUAGAAGAGGGCCCAAAUGUUGCCUUGAGAUUAGAAGAAAAUAUUAAGCUGUUUUUUCCCCUCAUUGCCUUGCACAUCUGUACUCAUCUAUUCACCCAGUUAGGCGGCAUCUUUAAGCACUUACCUAACUUUAUCCCUGUGCAGCAAAGUACAUAAGGACAUGCUUAAUUUCAGCUACUUGAUCACUAUACUGCCUGUGGUUCCCCACCAGUGAUUGUGAAGAUUGCAGAGCAGAAGUUAGUACUUUUAAAUAACUCCCACUGCAUCUUCCUUUGUACAGUAUGGUAGUUCUGUAAGGAAAUACAUUCCUGUGCCCUGAUUUGGAUAGGAAUUUGCUGAAUAGGAAUGAACUAGUGAAAGAAGGCCAAGAUGAGUAAAAUUUUGUGGAUGGACUACCAAAAUAACAUUACUUUGAGCAUUUUCAUCAUGGUAAAAAGGGCAGCAAUUACAUUCUGUGCCUUGCCUGGUAUGUUUCCAUGAUAGGUUUACAAAGCUGGGAGCUUAUGCAGUGACUACUUUAGUAAAGCUAGUUUUCAUUAAAAAAAAGAAAAGUGCAAGCAAGAAAAAACGGUGAAAAGAAAGAGUCAAAAGCCAAGUCUUUCAGGAAGCCAAUAGCUUCAUUUUCCUUCCCCUUUGCUUACCAUCAAGUAGUUCUACUAAAAAAUAGCCAGAUUACAUUAAGUAAUACAGGACAAUUGCAACUAAGGUCUAUGCAUCUCAAAAAUGCUUCCCCAUGUUUUAUGACUUUUGUUGUGAAAUCAUAAGCUAAAUUAUACUGUGUAAGAGAAAUGAAACAGUAUAGGAUGGGGGAAAUUCACAAUUACCUAAUGAAAGAUAAAAUAAGUGCAAACUUCUCUGUAGCCAAGGAACAGACAUGGUAACAGUCAUAAUUUAAGAUGCAUUGAAACACAAACAUACAGGCAGAGAGCUAUGAGACUGCGGAUGCAUUCCCUAUAUAUUUCACUACUGCUGCUAAGUGACCUGACCACCUCAUGGUUGGCAAAGUUCUUGUCACCAUGCUAGAAAAUUUUAACUGGUAUUUUUACUCUUCCCUGUACAUGUAUGAGUACACAAAAACAAAACCAAAUGCCUGGAGCAGUCUUGGAUCCCUUGCACUAACUUGCUUGUGCACUCACUAUUCUUGACAAAACAUUGAAGUACCUACUUGGAUACAUCUGUAAGGUGGUUGGCCCUUCCCCAUCUUCUAAACAACACGAUAUAGUGACUUGGGUUCUAAAAAUAUGUUAGUUUAAAAUGCUGCUGAGUGACAGAUACUGUGACUCUUCUGCAUACAUCCACAGGAGCUCUUGUCUAGAUGUGAAGUUCAAGUUUUAUCCAUGUGCAAAGUUUUAAUUCUAUGUGAAGUAAAGACUGUGUGUACUCCAUUGGAUAUUCUCUUCGUAUGUGAUUUCUGUAUAGCAAGUGGAUUUAGUUUUGUUUUUGAGGAUUUUUUUUUCCUUUUUGGAGAUCAUAAUAAAUAUUCAAGAGAAUAUAUUCAUGAAUUUUA